AUGACAUUUACUGGCUUCUUUUUCUUCUGUAUGCUGAUGAACACCCUAACAGAUGCCCGAUCCAUCCAGGAUGGAGAUGAUCUCCACCGGGAAGCUGCAGCCUUGCCGUACUGGCCCUUCUCAUCCAAUGAUUUCUGGUCCUAUGUGGAAUAUUUCCGGACCUUGGGAGCCUACAGCAGGAUUGAUGACAUGGCCAGAGCCUUCUUUGCCCAGUUCCCUUUUGGGAGCCACCUUGGCUACCACGUGCGUGACCAUGAGCACUGA